AUGUCAUUUUACAAUCAGGGUGCGUCAAACGGAGGCUUUUAUCAGCCUUCUAGCCAAUUCGCUUUCCCUCAAGGUUCUAUGUCAUUUCAGAGCCAGCCAUCAAAUGCGGGCAGCGGAAACGAUGGGAUGACCGUGUCCCCCGAUCCUCUGCCAGUGGGUAUUUUAAACGCUUUAUCUACAAAGGGAUUUCCUCAUGAACCACCACUGUUAGAAGAAAUAGGAAUCAAUUUUGAUCAUAUUAUCACCAAGACAAAGAUUGCAUUCAAUCCUGUAAAUAGCAAAGGGGCCCUAUCGGAUGAGAUUUUGAGUGAUUCUGAUCUGGCAGGUCCAUUGAUCUUCUUCCUUCUCUUUGGCUUGUUUCUUUUGCUGGCAGGUAGAGUGCACUUUGGAUACAUUUACGGAGUUGCAUUGUUUGGUACCGUAUCCUUGCAUGGGUUGUCCAAGUUCAUGAGCAAUAACGAGUCAUCAUCUCCAACUAAGCUGCAAUUCUUCAAUACGGCAUCGAUCUUGGGCUAUUGUUUCCUGCCUCUAUGUUUUUUGUCACUCAUUGGGAUCUUUUGCUCGUUGGACAACAAGGUAGGUUAUUUCUUGGGUGUCAUCUUUGUUAGCUGGAGCACUUUGUCAUCGUCUGCUUUUCUGAACUCACUGUUGCAACUACACGGAGCAAGAGCCUUAAUCGCAUACCCACUCAUGAUUUAUUAUAGCGUAUUUGCUUUGAUGGCCAUAUUCGUCUAG